AUGACUGUUCCUGAGCCGUUCCUGCGCGACGCGAACGUAGGAUCGGCCGACCCCGCAAUGAUAGACCAUCAUGAUCCAAACGACGCAGAAAAGAUUCAUGGUGGCUCAAAGUUGUCUACCAGCGAGAAUGUGCAGGAGAAGAAGAAGGAGGACUUCCUCGAUCAGAUAGUCCCCGCUGUUGAUUAUGAGGACGAGGACGAGGGAGAUCAGAUUUUCGGGACAGACGAUCCAUUUCCCAUGGAUCCUAACGCACCUGAGGAGCAGCAGUUCACAUUCCGAGCUGUAUUUGUUGGCUGCAUGCUUGGCGCCGUGAUCUCGGCGAGCAACAUAUAUCUAGGACUGAAGACAGGAUGGACGUUUGGAGCCUCGCUUUUUGGCUCGAUAUUUGGCUUUGCCAUCCUCAAGCCGUUGUCUAAAGCUCUUCCGGAGCGAUUCGGUGGUGGGUACUUCGGUCCGAAGGAAAAUGUCUGCUGUCAGAGUGCUGCUACGGCCGCUGGAUCACUUGGACUCCUCUUUACUUCCGGAUUCCCAGCCGCGUAUCAACUAGGUUUGCUUGGUGCAAACCCUCAAGCGGAUUUCGGACGGAUAAUUACAUUCACGCUGUGCUGUGCUUAUGUCGGCAUCUUCUUCACGAUGCCUCUGCGGCGGUUGUAUAUUCUAAAGCUCAAGCUUACGUUCCCGGGCGCUGUAGCCGUUGCGUAUACGAUCCGCUCUCUUCACGUCGGCAGGAAUGCGGCAGCCAACGCGCGGAAGAAGACUUGGGGUCUUAUCAUCUCAUUCUUCAUCUCAAUUUCAUGGCGAGUCGCCAGCGAGUACGCACCUGGAAUCAUGUGGGACUGGCAUUGGGCGUACUGGUUCUAUAAGGCGGGCUGGAAGUGGAUUAUCUGCGCGGAAAGCUGGGGAUGGAUCUUCGAACUGACUCCUGCUUUCAUCGGCGUCGGGUUGUUAGUACCCAUGACCGCCUCUGUAUCAUUUUUCGGUGGCAGUCUACUUGCUUGGGCUAUCAUCGGACCUGCGUUGAUCACGACGGGAAAAGCAGUCGGCGUUGCGAUUUCGCCACAUUAUCCCGGCUAUAUCAAUUACGCCAACAUGUUGCUGGAUGACCCAGUCCACUCUCCGUCACCGAAGUAUUGGAUGAUCUGGCCGGGAUGUUGGCUCCUCCUCUGCGCGAGUAUGGCAGAGAUUGGCGUGAACUACAAGCCAAUCUUCGUGUCUAUCUCUCUGUUCCUCUCUCCGCUCAUUAACCGCCUGCGCCCUGGAAAGUCUGUUCAACUCAACAAAGAGGAUGGGCUGUAUGAUCCGACGCCGAUCGAGGAGCAAACCCCAUGGUGGCUGUGGAUCGGUGGUCUGACAAUCAGCACCAUCCUCUCCAUGCUUAUCAUGCGUUACCAAUUCGGCCAGAACGCAGGAGUCACAUUCCUCGCUGUUAUCUUCUCGUUCAUCUUUUCUCUCGUUGGCGCGGAGUGCACAGGGCGUCUUGAUAUCACACCUGUGACUACCUUCGGAAACUUUGCCCAGUUGAUCUUUGGCGGUAUUUCAAAGGGUGCGGGUAUGGCACCUGCUGUCAACCAGUUGAAUAAUGGUCUCACCGGGAUGAUCACCCUCGCCGCAUCCGAGCAGUGCAGUGAUAUGCUUGGGGACUUGAAGACUACGCACCUGAUCGGGGCGUCACCCAGAGUCCAGCUGUACGCGCAAUGCUUCGGCGCCCUUGUCUCGAUCUUCCUCUCCGCCGGAAUGUACCUCGUCUUCGUGAAGGCCUAUCCAUGUAUCAACGAGCUCACCGCAACGACGUGCUCCUUCCCGGCGCCCGAUGUCGGUGCGUGGCGCGCUGUAUCUGUAGCAGUCUCUUCGCCCAGCCUCCCUAUUCCUCUUUCAUCUGGUGUUACUGCACUCUGCCUCGGUGGUUUCGCAAUCGUGCAAACGAUCGUCAAAUACCGAUAUUUCUCUCCGGAUAAACACAAGUGGUUCCCAAAUUGGAACGCCGUCGGCAUUGCAAUGAUCCUCGGUCCGCUGUGCACAUACCCUAUGGCAAUGCUCUUUGGGAGCACGGUCGCGCUCGUUUGGAGACGGUACUGGCCUGCAGUAUUCAUGAUGUACGGAUACUCCGCUGCCGCCGGGAUGAUUGCGGGUGAGGGGCUGGGCGGUAUCAUCAAUGCUGUGUUGCAGAUUGCCGGUGUGUCGGGCUCGGUGCAUGGAACGAGUGUCGGGUGCCCAAUGGGAGAGUACUGUGGAUAG